CUAAUGUGAGAAAGAAUGCAGCUGUGUCUGGGAAAGAAUUAUGAAAUCAUGUUGUUGCAAAAAGAUUUCAUUCAGACUAUUUAUCUGUCAGCAUGACGUGAAAUAUGAGAAUAUUCCAGCUCAAAUUGCUUAUUCUGAACCAUUUUCCGCCCGUUUGUUCUGCCCUCCAGGUGUGUGAUGCCCAUAUGCGCAUCGUGGACAUCGAUCCCCGUUUCCCCGGAUCGUGCCAUGACUCCUACGUGUGGAGGCACUCACCACUGUUAGGCCGCCUCACACGUAACCUGCGACGUGGAGAAUGGGUGCUUGGAGACUCGGGCUACCCUCUUGAGCCAUGGCUGCUGACUCCUGUGCCAGGCCAUCCAGGCAUUGACACUCCGGAGGGGCGCUACAACCAGGCCCAUGCCUCCAUGAGGAACGUUGUGGAGAGGGCUAUUGGCGUCUUGAAGGCAAGGUUCCGGUGCCUUCAAAGGUACCGGACACUCCUUUAUGAGCCCAAGGAUGCAGCCACAAUCGUGGCAGCCUGCGCCGCUCUCCACAACAUUGCUUUGAAGGCAGGGGAGCCGGAGCUGCAGGACAGUGAUGAGGAGGCUGAUGACAACCAGCCACCGCUGCAACAGGGCUUGCCUGUGUCUCAAGGGCACCACACCUGCCGGCAAGAAACGCCCAGAGAGCUGCUGAUGAGGGCGAAGCAGAUGAGGAGCCAGGUUGUCAACCUGUUCUCUGCGGCCCCUAGCUGGCGUACCACUCACCUGCGUGUGCUGCAUCGUCGGCUGAGGCAGCAACAGCAGCCUCGUCGCGCGGCUCAACCGUAAAGCCAGCCACUGCCUCCUGCAUCAGCUGGCCCAAGAGCUGCGAAAGCUGCCCCACUGGCCGCAGUGCCUCCGCUACUUGGUCGGCCUGCCGCUCCACAGCAGCCACGACCCGCUCAGUAGCUGCAGCCAGCCGGUCUACGCCCUGGCGGAUACCACGCAGGAGCUAGAAAUAAAUCAUUACAUCAGCAUCCAUUCCCGCACAAUCGGUCAAGCACCUCUACAGCAAAGUGACCUGCAUAACGAAAGAGUAAUUAUGUUCGGUCGGUUCCUAGUGAGGCGUGCUGUGCACAAUGUUUACAAAGUGAGCUGUAAAACGGAUGAUUUCGGUGGUCCCAAGCACUUUAGGUAUAAAAGCGCUCAACUGCAUGUAUGCUCAUUCAGGUUACCAUAUGUU